AUGCGCCGGGUGCCGACCCAUCUCCAAGUGAAGGUCAUCAAAUGGUUCGACUAUCUUUGGUUAACGCAGAAGUGCUCAGAUGAAGAGAAGGCUGUCUCGUGUCUUCCUGACAAGCUGAAAGCAGAAAUCGCAAUCAACGUCCAUCUGGACACGUUGAAGAGGGUGGAAAUCUUUCAAAAUACAGAAGCGGGCUUUCUCUGCGAGCUAGUGUUGAGGCUGAGACCGGUGUUGUUUUCACCUGGAGAUUACAUCUGUAGAAAAGGUGAAGUUGGCAAGGAGAUGUACAUAGUGAAUCGAGGGAAACUUCAGGUGGUAGGCGACAACGGGAAGACAGUCCUGGCAACACUCAAGGCUGGUUCUUAUUUUGGCGAAAUUUCCAUUCUGAACAUGGGCACGGCAGGAAACCGGCGGACAGCAUCAGUGCGGUCCGUCGGCUACUCGGAUUUGUUCGUGCUCAGCAAGAAAGACAUGUGGGACGUGCUGAAGGAGUACCCAGCUGCAAGAGUUCGUCUAGAAGCCAUAGCAGUAAAGAGACUUGAGAAGUAUAAGAAAGCGCCACUCGAAAAAGUGGCGAUGGGCCGCUGUCAAUCAACGCCUGGGCUUGUGGAGACGAGCGGUCGAGUGCCCAUUGAGGAGAUGCAAUUACCACCUACGCCGGCAGUGCCGCCAAUGCACCCCUCACAUCCGCCUUCCUACCGGGACCAGCUUUAUAGUUCGUCAGUAAGUCCUCUUCGUGUAGCAUCUCCUGUAGCAUCGUGUGCUUCAAGUGUAAGAAGUAGUGCCGCUGGCGGUGGUAGCGUAGCAGCCAGCAGUAUGGCGCCUAGAGUCUUGCUAGAUUCGCAUGACGCGCUCGAAUGUGAAAUCAAAAGACUCCGAGAGCGAUUAUACACUGUCGAGACGGAAAACGCUGCCAUGUCUGCCAAACUCAGCCAGCAACAAUGGGAAGUAGACCAGAGGUUGCAAGAGAUCGAGAUGCAGAUCUGCGGCGGCAGCUCGCUCAGCUCUCAGGAGGAGAAUGAGCGAAACCGUGAGAGCAUUAUUUAA